UCUCCUUCCAGCAGGAGCUGGGCUUUCAGUUGGAGGCCACAGCAGCAGGCGGACGUCCAAGACCCCUUCUGGUCAGGUUAGAAGGGGAUUCGGUGGACGACCAUGGCUCCCUUAAGGAUCUAUGCGAGGUCUUUGUUGGUGCUUUUGCUACAGACUCUGCUGGUUUGCUCAGCUCAGAGAGGCCUUGUCGGCCCCAGAGGCCCCCCAGGACCGCCCGGCUUGGCUGGUGUUCCCGGAGUAGAUGGGAUUGAUGGUGAGAGAGGAGUGGACUCCACGGUGACUGGACCUCCAGGUCCUGGUGGAGAUAAAGGCAAAGAUGGAGCUUCUGGAUCUGCCGGACUUCCAGGAGCAGACGGACCCGUGGGACCUCCGGGGGAUUCUGGUCCUGUCGGCCCAAAAGGCUCAAAGGGGGAACGUGGCGCUCGUGGGCCUCCUGGAGCACCUGGCGUGGGACCUGACGGACUUGAUGGUAUUCCUGGUACGGAUGGACUUCCAGGUGAAGUGGGAAAGGCCGGAUCCCCUGGAGCCAAAGGGAGGAGAGGUCCGGUGGGUCUUCCUGGUCCUGCUGGUUCUCGGGGACCGCCGGCUGUUUAUCAGGGAGAGAACCUGUGCCCCAAUGCCUGCCCCUCAGGUCUGACUGGACAUGCUGGACUUCCUGGCAUGAAAGGUCAUAAAGGUGUAAAAGGUGAAUCAGGGGAGCCUGGGAGACAAGGACACAAGGGAGAGGAGGGCGACCAAGGCCCACCUGGUGAAGUUGGAGCUCCAGGAUUACCAGGUCCAGGUGGAUCAAGAGGCCUACCUGGAAUCGUGGGCUCCAAAGGUGACACGGGACCUCGUGGAAGUCCUGGUGGCGCGGGUCCUCGGGGGAUUCAGGGAGCACCUGGGGAUCCAGGUCAAAGAGGAGCUGUGGGUGAAACUGGACCAAGAGGAGGGCAGGGGGAGCAGGGACCACCCGGGAUCAGAGGGGUUCCAGGACCAAAAGGAGAACCGGGCCUUCCGGGUCCAGACGGACGUGAGGGAAUACCCGGCCUGCCUGGAUCCAAGGGUCUUCCAGGCAAAAGUGGAGCUCCAGGAGAUGCUGGCCCUCAAGGACUUCCUGGUCUGCCAGGUACAUAUGGACAAAAAGGCCACGGUGGAGUAAAGGGCAACACGGGAGACCCAGGAGUUGUGGGACUGAUGGGAUCUCCAGGGAAACAGGGCGAGCAGGGCGAACAGGGCGAGGUGGGAGCUGUGGGACCCAGAGGAGGACCUGGUGAACGGGGAGAGCGAGGACAUGAAGGACCUGCAGGAUUACCAGGAGCCAGGGGAACCAAAGGGGAUCCAGGCCUUCCAGGACUUCCUGGCCCUGCUGGUUACCGAGGUCAGAAGGGAGACAGGGGUGCCGUUGGUCUUGAUGGUCCAAAGGGCGAACAGGGACCCUCGGGUGAUGAAGGCCUAUCAGGAACAAAGGGCGACACGGGUGACGAAGGAGAGGCAGGAGAGAAAGGAUCGUCAGGCCCACCUGGAGAAACAGGAAACAAAGGACCUGAAGGCAGCCGAGGACAGCCGGGAAAAGAGGGCAAACUGGGUCAGCCCGGACCGCGAGGCAUGCAGGGAGAUCCAGGAGUACCGGGCCUGCCGGGACCUCAGGGACCAGCGGGGAAGUCACCCACAGAUAAACACAUCAAACAAGUCUGCAUGAGGGUGAUGCAAGAGCAGCUGGCCCAGCUAGCAGCCAGUCUGAGGAGACCUGAGUCAGGUAUUGCUGGGCGCCCCGGCCCUCCAGGCCCACCUGGACCUCCGGGACCUUCUGGAGAGAACGGCUUUCCUGGCCACACUGGGUCACGAGGCCUCCCAGGUUUAAAGGGUCCACCUGGGUCAAUAGGUCACAAAGGACUUAAAGGUGACCAGGGUGACCAAGGAGACCGAGGACCAACCUUGAGAGGGCACAAAGGAGAACCAGGAGUUGCUGGUCUCCCAGGUGAACCCGGACGACCAGCUUACGGUACACAUGGCCGUGAUGGAGAAAGGGGACCUCGUGGUGUUCCUGGAGUCAACGGUGUUCCUGGACCUCCAGGCCCUCCCGGUCUGAAUGGUUUUUGUGAGCCAUCACAGUGUGUCCUGCCUGAGGUCCAAUCGGCGAGUCUGGGAAAGAACUCUGGUAUGAAGGGUCCAAACGAGAUAUGAGAGGACCCAGUCUGAGCUGGAGUAAAAGUCUGAGAGACACGGACAUGUCCUUUUAGAUGUUUAACUCAGAUAUGUGGACUUGAAAAUUGUAAAACUACAAGAGCAUUUUUGAUGAGUGAAAACCCGACGGUAUGUAAUCCUACUGGCUCGUUUCUAUCCAAAUGAUGAGGCUUUCUGUAUUUUUGUACAAAUGUGUUGAUGUAUCCAGCUGGAUAACAGGAAAUGGCCUUUCUCUCAAAUCCCAAACCCCUCUCCCCCACCUGAAUAGAGCCCUGUUUCAUUCCUGGUCUGAAGCUUUGUGGGUUCUUUUAUACAAAUUCUUAUUUAUUGCAUUAAACAUUUGAUGAAACACCUUCCAAGUUGUACAAAAUAGGAAAUAAACACAUUUUGAUAAA